CAAAAAUCAGUCUAUGUGGCCAUCUUUGACGAAUGUGGUUAGAAAGAAGUGAGGCGAAAACGCGUGUGUGCUUCGGAAAUCACUGAUAUUUCGCAGAUUUUCUAUCGCGACCACUCGGGAAAGUGCAAAUCGGAAUCCUGGUCGAUCGAUUGUACCCCUGCGGAAAGUUUCGUUAGUUUGUGUCGACGGAAUUCGGUUCUGUUUCCUAUAGGAGUGCCGGAGAAGUUUUUUUUUUCCCAUCGUCGGUCGGUGUCCGUGUCUUCUUUUUCGGUUCUUUUGUUGCCGUUUUUCUCCUCUCUCCGUUGUUCCACACGGAUUUUACGGCUCCGGACGAUCGUGGUGGACGUUUUCUUUUCUGUGCGAGGAGGAAAGGUUUCCGUUUUGUUUCCUUUCUUUUUGGGGGGUUCAGGAACAAGAAAAAUAUUGAAGCAAAAUUAACACCGCCCUGUGCGUCGGGAGGUUGAUUCGGUGUUGCGAGGAAAGCAAAGUCAGAAACAGCGGAAAGAUGGCCCAGGAAAACGACUCCAACGAGAUUAGCACCAAAUUCUCCAAGCUGAAUGUGAACGCACUGGAGUUUGUGCCGAGUUUUGCUAGCUCGACUACUUCGGCCGCGGCGGCUGCAGCAGCAGCAGUCGUAACACCAACAGCUGCCGGAACCCCUACGGCUCCGCUCACCACAGGCACUUCGUCGUCCGGCGGCGGCAAUACACCAACUUCUGCCGCGGCCACACCGACGCCACCGUCAAGUAGUGCGGCUCCGGUUCCGAUGGACGCAAAGGGAGACGAGGAGGCUAAAACGCCGGAAAAUAAUGAAAGUGAACCACUUGACAGUUGGGACGCUGAAGAGGAUUCCAUCCUAACGCCCGAAGAUGAAGAAAUGGAUUUGGACGACGGAGAUGUGGACGGAGAUUCGGUGGCAAAGGUAUCCAAGAAGAAGGUCCCAAAGGUGGAGGAAAGCAAGAGCAAGAAAGAGCAUGUGAAUGUAGUUUUUAUUGGACACGUUGAUGCUGGUAAAUCCACAAUCGGUGGCCAGAUUAUGUCGCUUACAGGAAUGGUUGAUAAGCGAACACUAGAGAAAUACGAACGAGAGGCACGUGAAAAAUCCCGAGAAAGCUGGUACUUAUCGUGGGCGCUGGACACAAACCAGGAAGAACGAGACAAAGGUAAAACUGUGGAAGUUGGUCGUGCCUAUUUUGAGACUGAGAAAAAGCAUUUCACUAUCCUGGACGCCCCGGGACACAAGAGUUUUGUGCCGAACAUGAUCGGUGGAGCGGCGCAGGCGGACUUAGCCGUACUAGUGAUUUCCGCGCGAAAAGGCGAGUUCGAAACCGGGUUUGACCGGGGAGGGCAGACUCGAGAGCAUGCAAUGUUAGCAAAGACGGCCGGAGUUAAGCACCUGGUGGUACUAGUAAACAAAAUGGACGAUCCAACGGUGAACUGGGACGUUGAGCGGUACAACGAAUGCAAAGACAAAAUCUUACCAUACCUCAAAAAGCUAGGAUUCAACCCAACAAAGGAUCUGACGUUCAUGCCGUGUUCCGGCAUCACUGGCAUGGGACUGAAGGAACAGAUCAGCGAAUCCAUUUGCCCGUGGUACCGAGGGCCAGCCUUCAUUCCAUUCAUCGACGAGCUGCCUUCGCUGAACCGCAAAACCGACGGUCCGUUCAUCAUGCCCAUCGUAGACAAGUACAAGGACAUGGGGACGGUUCUGAUGGGCAAGGUGGAAUCCGGAACGGCCAAAAAGGGAAUCAACCUGCUCGUGAUGCCUAACAGAACGCAAGUGUCCGUCGAUCAGCUAUGGUCGGAUGAUGAGGAAGUUACCGCGGUGGGGCCUGGCGAAAACGUGAAGAUCAAAGUGAAAGGCAUUGAAGAGGAAGAUGUGUCGCCCGGUUUCGUGCUGUGUGAUGCUUCCAACCCAAUCAAAACCGGCAAAGUUUUCGACGCGCAAGUAGUUAUCCUAGAACACAAAUCAAUUAUCUGUGCGGGCUAUUCGGCGGUGAUGCACAUACAUUGUGCAGCGGAGGAAAUUACUGUUAAGGCUCUCAUUUGUUUAGUGGAUAAAAAAACGGGCGAAAAAUCAAAGACCAGGCCACGUUUCGUCAAGCAGGAUCAGGUGGCCAUCAUGAGAAUUGAGUGCUCCGGACUGAUCUGUCUAGAGCAGUUUAAGCUAUUCCCACAAAUGGGGCGCUUCACGUUGCGAGAUGAAAAUAAAACCAUCGCCAUCGGUAAAGUUCUAAAGGUUAUUGAAUAAAUAGGUUUUUAAAACAUUACACAAACAGAAUUAGUAACGAAAACAAACAACAACGCUAUCUCGUCCUCUGCCCCAAGGAACUUGUACCCUCUGACAGCGAAACAGAAAAAGAAAUCCACAACUACUAACAAUCUGCAAACAAGCAAGCAAAAGAAGACAUCAAGUCGGACACUUCGUUGACCAUCCAUUUCUCUCGACGUGGCAGAUGAAUACUCAUUUGUCGGUCUGUUGUUAUGUUUAUUCCUAUCAUGAAAAGAAGAAAAAUAAUGAAUCCCAACCUAGCGGCAGGCAUUUCUUCGGUAUUGCUUCGAAAGCUGAGCGAUGUAAAAGAUCAUAGAUUUGUUCAUUGCCGGGAUGCUGAACUUGCCUGCCGUGGUCUCCAAGAUGUGAGAUGAAUUUUGUUUUUUUUUGUCGUACGUUGCGUACAAGUAAACAAUGAGACACUACUUAACCCUAUUCUCCCUUGUGAUCUUUUGAGCAAUUUUAGACAAUUUAAUUUUUGAAUUUGAGCCGAUUUUGAUAAAUCAAAAGCAAUCAUUUUUAAAACUGUAUCGAGCAGUGAUUUUUAUCGAAUUUUAUUCAUCUUAUUCGAUUAGAUAAUAGUCACCGCUACAAAUCCAGUUGAAAAAGAUUGUUACUCAUACAGGUCAUUCAGAAUUUCUUGUUAUAUUUUAUUAUAACGGUGCUUGUCUUUGACGAUAACGUCUUCGGACCUACAAUGCUUUUACUUUCCAAUAUGUUUUUAUUCGUUCGACCAAUAAUUUGUCAAUAAUUGUUUGAAACGUUAUAUAGGCUGGAUUAGGGAUGAGUAGCAAUACACAAACACACAACAUAGGAAAUGCUUAUGAUAACAAUCAUUUGUAAAACAGAAACUAAUUGAAAAUAUUAAAUAUUCGCGAAAGCGGAGGACUGAACUUAUAUACAAUAAGGAAAAAAAAUAAGAAAAUAGAAACAAACACACACAGUAAACUGAAAGAAGAAGAAAUGAUGAUAAAAGAAUCCAGAAUAAAUAAACAUCAUGCGCAUCAGGAACAAUAAUCUUAAUGAUAACACGUUAUUGUAUAGAGGAAAAAUCCGAACCGUUUUCGCCGGAGAUCCUAGCUUUUGGGCGCGAGUUUUCCAAAACUGGUUCUGAUCUGGAUCUGGGGGUUAUCUCUCAUCCCAAAAGCACGGCGACGAUUCCGACUUAAAUGCGAAGAUUUGCACUAGCACGCAAAAAAUACCAACGCCCGAGGCAAAACAAAAACUUUACUAAAAAAUCCAACCAAUUGUUACUUUUGAUUUGUUUCAACGUGUAAAAUGCUUAUUAUUAUGAGGUUUUUAGCUUUUUGUAUUGCAACAGAAAAUAAUACAAAUAAAAAAAAAGUUGCUGGAAGACGCAUGCGGACGGAAAUCAAAUUUAUGUACGCAGAUAGCAUCGUUAUAGCUGAGAAAGAGUGAGGCUACGGUCGAAGUUUUGCAGGAGCAGUGAGAAAAGACGGCAGUUAACUAGAAGUCGGAUCCAGAUUGCGUAUUAAACGAAGUGCUUCUCGAGAUUUUCAAACUUUACGUGAGCGUGCGAAAGUGCGGUUGUUACGCGAUAUGAGUGCGGUAUUAGAGGGCUGUGUUUCACCAUUUGGAUUGACCUUAGAGUUACAGCAGCUUGAAAUGACGCCUUUUUUUAUUCGUCUGGAAGAAAGCAGCCGGAAACCGGGAUUGAAAGAGUGCAUGGUUGCGUGUGUUGACUGAGCGAGGUAUCGGAAUGAAAAUUAAUUUAACUAGGGCUAAAUAUGCAAAAACAUUUACACAAUUUACACAAACCGUUGAGGGACAGAUUAUUACAACAAUAAAAAAGAAAGAAUAAACACGCAGCGUUGAGGCAAGUAAAUAAUCAUUGUUCUGUUUCGAACUAGAAAGGAUAAACUACAAACACACAAACAAUAAAAACUGUAAUUUAACAUCAGAAAAAGUAAAGAGGAUUAGGAGAAAAAUGAAGUUAAAAAAGUAACAUCGUUGAACCGAUAAAGAGAAGUUAUAGAAGUAGCCGGGAAGGUGGAACAACAGCAGCAAACUAUUCUACAUUUAAUCAAAACAACAAUGGAAACUCCUUUAUCUAAUUAUAAUUACUAUUUUCGUUUUUUUAUUUGUUUAUCUUUUAAAAAGAAAAGAAGUAAAAUAAAAACCUCUUCAAAAACA